AUGUCAGAAAAACAUCAUACAAGUUUCUUUGAUGAAAUUGACGAAUUUUCCUCGGGUAAAUCCAUAACUAGCUCCAUAGAGAAAGAUUCUCUUUUUUUCGGUAGUUGCAUAGCAAUAAGUCCAGACAGUAAACAAAUUGUUACUUUUAGUCAAGAGACCCAUGAAUUUAAGUUAUAUAAGGUUGAUGAUUUAAGUUCAAAUGAAAUUAUUUACCCACCUGAAUGUGGAGAUAAAGAUAAAAAUCUUUGUUGGUCUAUAGCAAUAUCUAAUUGUGUAGACGAUGAUGGAAAUGAACGUCUUAUUGCAUUAUCUUGUUUUGAUGCAAGAAAAUUCCGUCAUGGUGAAAUGCAUGAUGAUGAAAAAAAUGGCUUAGAUUUUGGUGAUAAAGUUGAUAACCAAUACGUUGAUAAUAAAAAUUACUUAGACUUUGACGAUAAUGAUAAGAAUGACUUAGAAUAUGGUGAUGACGAAAGUGACUUAGAAUAUAGUGAUGACGAAAGUGACUUAAAAUACGGUGAUGACUUAAAAUACGAUGAUAACUGUCUUCGACCUCAAACAUGGGUUAUCUCUACUAAAGAUGGAAGUGAAAUAUAUACUUCUUUAGAAUCAAUUGGCGGGGUGAUAAGAUUUCUUGAUAGAGAUGAUAAUGAUGAUCAUACUGAUGAAAGCGAUAGUGAUGAUAGUGAUGAUAGUCACCAACCAUUAUUAAAAUCAAAAUCAAAAAAAAGAGCUUUAGUAAUCAUUAUAGUUAAUGCUUCGGGGAUUUUUAAAGAAUCUAUAAAAAAAAGAAAACUUAGAUUUUUCUCGCGAUCAUCCAAGAGAGAACAAUUUGAGUUACCCAAACAACUUUCAAUUCGCCUUUCACGUGAUCAUUGGCAAAGCUCAUUUGAACUAUUACACAUAAGUAUUAUUAAAAAUCAUUUUGUGGUAUAUUCUUUUAAAAAUCGACAACAGAUAAUUGAAAUGUAUAGUUUAAUUACUGGUGAUCUAGAGAUGUUAUUUAAACGUUAUGAAUCUUCAGUAGCUUCCAACAUAAUUUAUGGUUCCCCCAUCUUUGCCAUCUCUCAAAAUGAAAAGAUUUUAGCAUUUUGUCGGGGAACUCCCAGCCUUACAUUAUAUUUUAUGGAAAAUGGUUUAGAAAUUACUACUAAACAAUUUGAAGGUCAGAGAGGAAUUUAUAAAAUUAUUGCUUUAAAUUUUAUUGACAAUGAUAGUAAACUUUUAAUAGUCUUUGAAGAAAAAAAAAAACGACAACGUGAAAAUUCUAAGCAUCAAAUAUUUGUAGUAUGGGAUUUAUUUACCACAUUUGAAAAUUCCAUACGUCAAAUUGAUUAUUCCGAAACUAAGAAACCCCUAAAAAUGGAUUUCUCUCAUAGAUUAAUGUAUUCUCAUGGAACUAUGUUUGCGGUUAGAGGUGAUGGAGAUAUUUUUUCAGUGUUAGAUCAUAAUGAAGAUGUAGCCUCAAUUAGAUAUCCUUCAGUUAAGGCAAAGACUAAAAUUGAUAUUCCUACGAGGGAUCACGUUUAUCAUGCAAUUUAUAAUAUAAAUGGUGAAAGAUUUGAUGCUUCCGAAUUAGAAGAAAAUCGAAUAAUAAUGAAUAAUGUUGAACCAUGGCAUUCGAAUGAUUGUUAUUUUCGAACAUCAGUUUACUUAGAUUUUGCUGAAAGUACUCAACUAAUUAUUUCUAGUAACACUAUACAAGUAUGGAAAUAUCGUAAUAAUGCAGAAAAAAGAGAUCGAGUAUUAGAAUACAUAUGGGCUCGGAAAAAAGCAAUCGAUGUUCAAGAACUACGAAUUGGAGAACAAGAAUUUGUGUUAAAAGUUUUAGUAUCUUCUACACCAUUAAAAUCAAUGACGAUACAUUGGCCAAAUAAUGCAAAUGUUCUUGAAGGGGCAUGUCGAGCUCUUUACGUUUUAGCAGAGAAGAACCAUGUAGUGGCGGGUCAUGAAAAUGUUAAUCAAAUUAAAUAUUUAAUUGAAUGUACACAAAGAUUAGUACGAAAAUAUAUUACAAAAUAUGGGAUAUUUAGAUUAACAAGUAUUAGAUAUCCAAUUAUGAAAUAUCUUAUUAAAAGCCAUCAAGAAAAUUUAAUAAAACAUAUUUUACAUAAGAAAAUCAAUAGAAAACAUAGUAAUAUAUGCAUACCAAGAUUAUAUAAAUGGGCAGAUGAAGAUAAUAAUAAAUCAACAACCGAGAUAUCAAUGUCAGAUUUACAUCAUGCUAUUUUAUGUAUUCAAAAAAGAGGAGAUCCUACAGUAAUUUUAAAAUAUUUAAUAGAUUAUUAUGCCGAUAAUGCUAAAGAAUAUAAUAAUCAUGGCUGGAUGUGUGAAUUUAUUCAAUAUUUAUUUAAAAAACCAUGUUUUGGAAUUACUGAAGCUUACACUCCACCAUUGCACAUUAGUCCUUAUGAUCAAAAGAAAGGAAAUAACGCAGCUGUGAUACAUUCUUUAGUAGUAAAACCGUGUCUUGCAUUAAAGUUCCAUAAUACUCUAUGGUUUUUCUUAAAAAACAUAUUUAAAAGUAUGAAAGGUUAUAAUAGAAUUGAAGCUUCCCAUAAUGAUCGUAAAGUUUAUAUAGCACCAUUACCUGAUUUUACAGUAUACCCCAAUCCCAAAGAUCUUGAAGAUCAUAACGAAAACUAUUUUUGGUUUCUAUUUACUCUUUUUCGAAUAUCUUUGUGGCCACGUAAAAAAGUUAUUAAUAAUACUAACGAAAUGAGUCCUUUCCUACGCGUCAUUCAUGAAGAGAAAGGUUAUGAAAUUUAUCAAACACCUACAAUUAUGGCAGUCUUAGAUUUUAAAUGGUCAGCUGCCCAUUCAAAUAUAGUAUUAGCAAUUUGUCUCUUUGUAUAUUUAUAUACUGGAUGGUAUUUAAUUGUUACAGAGAUUGUGCAAUUAAAAAGAGAAGGGUGGUAUCGAUAUAUAAAUUUUUAUAAUAUUUUUGAUCUAGGAUCAGUGUUAUUUCCGUUAGCGGAUAAUAUAGCGAGUAUUUUAUAUUAUCGUCAAGUACUCAUUAUUCAAUAUUCGAUACUUAACCCCGUUUUAGCGUUUACGGCUCUAGUUAUGUGGCUUCAAUUGAUAUUACUAAUGAGAUAUUUUGAAGGUCCUGGACGUUUUAUUUAUAUCAUUCAAAGUAUUUUAAGAACCAUUUGGCCAUUCUUUGCAUUCAUGUUGAUUGUCAUACUUGCAUUUGGUCACGCUAUGUUCAUUCUUCUUAAUUAUGCAGACGACUUGCAAAUUCCUACUUAUAAAAUUAAUGAUACUUCGAAUUCAGACUUAUAUUCAAAUAUAACAAUUUAUCAGGAUAUUGAUAAAUCUUCCCGACUUGAUAAUUAUUAUUCAAAUUUCUUCUCAUCAGUAGAAGCUGUAUUUUUUUGGACCAAUGGACGAUGGGAUCAAUUAGAUCAAUGGGAUAGUUAUGCUGUAGAUGUAAUGAGUAUACUAGGAAGUAUAAUAUUGGUUGGUACAUUUGAUAAGGCAAAUAAAGAAGGUCAUACGGUAGCUCAUAGAUAUCGCGCCGAACUUAUUGCUGAAUAUGAAGCUUUAGAAAAACCUUUUCGUAAUAAAAUAGAUAAUUCAUCUUAUUCAAAAAAAUAUCAACAUAUACAAAAUGAAGGUUCUUCAAGUACUAUUAAACCUAGAAUAACCAAAUGUUUUGAUAAAUUUGAUAGAAUUACAUUCAUUGAUGAAGAAAUCUUCGAUUCCACAAAGAAAUCACAAAGAAAUAAGAAAUCGAACAACAAAUUAUCAAAGAAUAAUAAAUCAAGUAUCAAAGAUUAUACAGAUUCUACUAUAAAUGUUGAUGAUCAAUUAUCAAUACAAGAAAGAUUUGAUAGCAUGGAGAAAAGAUUCGAUGAAUUAGAACAAAAUUUAAAAACUAUAUUGAAGACACAAGAAAAAUUUAAUAAUAUAGAGACAAGAUUUGAUAAAUUAGAACAAAAUUUAGAAUCUAUAUUGAAAAGCUUUAAAUAA